UUUUUUCUCCCCUCGGCUUUUGCCUGCUCUGUCAUCGCCUGGUCGUCCGCAUGGUCGUCUAACAACGGUCAUCACAAAAACUUAAUUCUAGCUGACCAGCCUAUCUCAUCGAACGGACUGAAGCGAUGAAGGACCGAAGCAAUGCAAAAGUGGAGCUGUCCCAAGCGAUGGAACAUGAAUAUCCAUCGAGAAGGAACAGUAGGGAAGAGGAGAAGUGGUUGGCACAAGAGGGAUUCGAGGACGUCGUGGAUGUUGACGACAUUAUGACUCGCACGAUGAAAUCUGGCACCAACACCAACACCAACACCAACACCAACAACGGCGCCAGGCCAAGCGUACAAGUGGAUAUCGAUGAGUUCAUCCUGUUGGCAGGACAACCAGCACCCAUUCCAGAUGCCAGAAACCAGAAUGAAGGGACACCGAAAGAAGCACAACCAGGUGCAUACCGUCAUGUAGGUCCUGGGUAUCGGCCAGCUAGUGUUCACUCGGAGUCAAGUGACGGCGAAAGCUGUCCAAGUCCCAGUCCCUUGGCUGUGGAUGACACAUCACUUAUUAGUAGCAAUCAAACCAACCAUCAGCUUCCGCUGAUAACAACAGAUGCUUCUUUGCCUUUGGAUGGCCUGGUACAAGCGAAUCCAGUAGUGGAAGAAUCCUCGGACGAGAUUGUCGUCACACGACAGCAAGCCAUACUCGUUGAUGAUCUGGAGUCGCAAAACCAGACACGAAAGAAGGAAGAGCGCAAAACCAAAACAAGGAAUCAGCUGGGGCUGCUGGCUUUUCUGAUGGUCCUACUAGUGGUGUUCGUCAUUGUUGUAAUAGUUGUAACUUCGAAGAACGGCGACCAGGCCAGGGUUGACGACAACAUCGAGGUCCAGUCCAGCAAGAAUGACACCAUGCCCGCCACAGAACACAAUGAUGACAAUGAUGUCUUUCCCGUCAUCAGCCCAUAUCUGUCCAACGUCACUCGCCAUGUCAUUGAACAAGAACGACAUGGGGGUGCCAGUGCCUCCUCCUCAUCAUCAUCAUCAAGCCCACAGUACAGAGCAUAUCGAUGGCUCCAAGAUGAUCCUUGGAAACAAAACUAUACGACCCUCCGCCUUGUACAACGAUUCGCAUUGGCUACUUUAUACUACGCCACUGAUGGUGACCAGUGGGAAAACCAUGGAGUGGGAGGUAUGCAAACAGUUGACUAUCGAGAAUUUGAAACCCCUCGCUUGCAAGCCAAUCUUCCAGGUCCGAUACCACCCAACCGCAUGACACUGACGGUCCCAUCGGAGAAGUGGCUUUCCUACAACACCAGUGAAUGCAUGUGGUUUACCUACACACCCUUUAGAUUCCAAGCUGCUUGCAAUGAGGACCACGUGUUUCAGUACUUGGACCUGCCUCGAAAUGGGCUUCGGGGGACGCUGCCUGAAGAGAUUGGUCUCUUGACAGGCCUUCAGAGUUUCCACUUCUAUAGAAACGAACACAUCCAGGGCCCCAUUCCAACUUCCAUUGGUGCACUCCAGCAGCUCCAAACGAUUGAGCUAGGAGACAAUCAAAUCACCGGAACGCUGCCUAGUGAGCUUGGCUUGCUGCCAAAUGUUGUCAAGUUGAGGGUCAUGAACAACCAGCUCCAUGGGCCACUCCCAACUGAAUUACUAGGAAUGUCCAACCUGGUAAACCUCAUGAUUGACCGCAAUGAACUGAGUGGGAACUUCUUUUCUUCUAAUGAUGACAUGAUCUGCCAAAGCUGGCCCAAGCUGAGAGCUGUCAUAGUGGGAAGAAACAAGCUUGAGGGCCCAUUACCUACACUUGCCAACUGCUCGAGCUUGGGUGCUAUCCAUUUUGAUAACCAGCAUUUUGUAGGAACCAUUCCAGCUGCAUGGGGGAGCCUGACCAAUCUUGAAAGGAUAAUCUUGGUUGGAAACCAAGGCAUUUCCGGGCCUCUACCAAAUUUUGAACGCCUUACAAAUUUGACAGAUUUCAAAGUCGCUGGGACCAGCAUCAGCGGAACAAUACCCGAUGCACUGUGCGCACGAAAGGUGGGGUUUGACUGCUCGGCCCAAUUGUGCGGGUGUGAUUGUCCUUGCAACUAGCAAUCAGAGUAGUCGUAAUUCACCAGGAUUCCCCAACUACCUUGCCAGUCUAGGCACUGGCUUGUACCGGUAGGGAUGCGGGUGCUGUGGAACGGAUCAAUUGACCUGUGAUGGAAGAUAAUGUCCACCUCGUCGCGUUGAACCAACGGUCCUCAGGGCCUGCUACAGAUCA